AUGAAAAAAGUUAUGUGGUCGCUGGUGGACAGGGCGGAGCUGAGUAGGCUGGAAAGGGAGGUUUCCUUCUACGACGACUACUGCAGCUACCGGACCGCCCUCCGAGGAGCAGCUUCCAAGUUCAACAAGGGUGAUCCGGAGCACUGCAUAGUCGUACCUUUGUUCUCACUCCUCGCCUCCGAUCUCCACACCCUCUGCCAAGAGUGCCUUACUAUAUUGCCAAACGGUCACAUAAACUUCGAAAAGUUCUGGCAGCUUGCGAAGCAGGUGACCGAGUUCAUCACCUGGAAGCAGGUCCAUUGUCCCUUCCCCAAGUCACCGAAGGUCAUCACCUAUCUCCAGGCCACACCUGUCCUCAAUGAGGAUGACCAGAAUAGCCUAACAUGCUUGCCGGGGCCUAAGAUGCUGUCACGAUUCCUAGAUCUUAUCACAAUCAACUCUAGUAUCCUAUUCGUCACAUCGGGCUCAUUCAAGUUUAUUGCUCUUUGCGGCUUGAUUAGAAAUUCCUGUGGAGAUAGCGCCAUUGUCUCUUUAACAUCAUUCAAGCUUCUUUGGUUGGUUUGUGUCUUCUUAUAA